CCUCCACUUAAGAAAAUUAGGUCUCAAAAUAUGCGUUCAAGAAUAGACGUAUAGACAGGAGUAUAUAUUUUUCUUGAGAGACGUAUACAGUCUUUGAGCCAAUAUCCUUGCCUCAUCAAAUAAGAGUAACCCAGGAGGAAGAGAAGCAAGGGAAGAAAGAAGAUAUACUUCUUUUAACUACUAUUUUAUUGUUAAUUUAUUUGGGCUUUCUUUGCUAGGUUUAUUUCCCACAAAAUGGGGAGAGGAAAGGUGGUGUUGGAGAGAAUAGAGAACAAAAUCAAUCGCCAGGUAACAUUCUCCAAGAGAAGAAAUGGUAUGCUGAAGAAAGCCUAUGAGCUCUCGGUGCUGUGUGAUGCUGAGGUUGCCCUUAUUAUCUUCUCUAGCCGGGGCAAGCUCUCUGAAUUUGGCAGCAGCACCAGUGUGUCUCAGACCCUGGAAAAAUACUGGCAGCAUCGCUACACCUCUGACGUCCAUUUUGCAGAUGAAACGCAGACUUUAUACCAAGAGGUGUUGAGGUUAAAGGCAAAACAUGAAUCUCUUCAGCUCUCACAAAGGCGUCUUCUUGGAGAAGAGCUUGAAGAACUUAGUAUGAAAGAGCUCUAUAAUAUUGAGAAACAGGUUGACAGAGCUCUCACACAAGCUAGACAGAAGAAGGUGCAGUUGUUGUUGGAACGAAUGGAAGAGUUACGCAAAAGGGAAGUUGAACUUGAAGACGAAAACAAACAGCUUAAGUCUCAGCUAGAGUUAGAGCAAAGUUUUCAAGCAGCUCAAGGGUUGGGAGAUCCUAACAUAGAAGCCGGUUAUGAGGAUAAUAUACCUCCUUCACAAGCUAAUCAUGCACAUCUACCCUCAUUACCGCAGGGGUACCAUCAGUUUAUUCCCCAAGAAAGGGCAAGUGAAGCUAGGUUGGACAAAGGCGCGAAUAAGCCUACUGCAGGAUGGCUUUGAUCCCUUCCACCUGUGCCAGGCGCAAGAAAUUCUUCAUUAUGAUUUCUAUCUUAAUUUCUAAUAAUACAAUAAUCUAUACAGUGAUGAUUUGAGCGCUCGAAAAGCUUCAUUUGAUAGACGUUUAUAUUUGCUA